AUGCUCAGUAUUACACUUGAAGGGGAUCAUUCGGUACAUCUUGUGGUUCGCUAUCUACAUGUUCCAUCACGUUGUACUCAGUGCAAUGAAUAUGGGCACUGUGAUGGGGAAGGCAAAGAGUGUAAGGUUGUGCAUGCUCAGACUGGGAGAGAGUUGGUGGUUGCUGAAGCUAUGACUGAUGAUGUGGCCUGGGUUGCUAAGCAAGUUACUGCUAGUUCUUCAAUGCAGGGUGGAGGAGGUCCACUUCCAGUAGCUCGCUCAAAUACUAAUGGACGAGGUCCAAUUCAAGUAGUUGGCUCAAAUUUGAAGGAAGGUGAUUCGGCUCUAGUUGUUGAAUUAAAUGGAGGAGGUCCAGUUUCAGUAGCUGGCUCAAUUUUAACUGAAGGAGGUCCAGUGCAAGUAGCUGGCUCGAUUCUGAAGAGUGAAGACUCAGUAGCUAGCUCAUCUCAGGUUCUUACUCCAAAUAAUGGGAAAAUAGUUGAUGGUGAGGGUUUCUAG